AUGGGUCCAUAUUAUGACGAGAUUGAGAUCGAGGACAUGGUAUGGGACGAUAUCAAAGGCGUCUACCACUACCCGUGUCCCUGUGGCGAUCGAUUCGAGAUCUCCAAGGCACAACUAGCCAAUUAUGAAGAUAUUGCGACCUGUCCAAGCUGUAGUCUGAUUAUUCGUGUGGUCUAUGACCCGCUCGACUUUGAAGAUGAGGGCAGCACCACGGAAAAUGAUUCUGAAGCGGAGCAAGAGGACGUGAAAAAUGAUUAA